GUCACCGUCACGCACUUGUGCUAGAAACAGCUACAUUUAUAAAAGUGAAUUGGAGUACCGCGGCCAUGGAUGACGAUGAUUCCCCUCCGGGUUCUCCUCUCUCGUCCAUCGAGUCAGUCAAGUUCGACUACGACAACGACUCCGAAGAUCCAGAGCAAGGGUCGGCUCCGAUAAUACCUCUCGAGCAGCAACAGAAGAUCGAAGAGACUCUGGACGCAUCAUACAAAGCAGCACUACCUAAAUUUGACGACGCUAUGUCCAUCUCUUCAGACAGCGAGGGAGAGGUACCACUCUCUCCAGCAAGCCGCUUGGACGACGACGACGUUCAUGAACAAGUUACUGUCUGCAGGUGGUCGCAUUGCAAAGCGGGGGACCAAAGCAACAUGGACCAGCUCGUGGAGCAUAUUCACAACGAGCAUAUUGAGUCGCGUGGGAAAAAGUAUACCUGCGAAUGGUCUGAUUGUUCGCGGAAAGGGCUACCACAUGCCAGCGCAUAUGCCCUUAAGGCACACAUGAGGAGCCACACGAGGGAAAAGCCGUUUUACUGUACACUUCCUGAAUGCGAUCGAGCCUUCACACGUUCAGACGCGCUGGCCAAGCACCACCGAACAGUUCACGAGACUGAAGCAUUGCGCCCGUCAGAUCCGAUCCCCAAAUCAAUGUCGGCGGCACACAAGAACCAGCGUUUGAAGCUCAACGUCAAGGAAACGCAACCAGAAGGGCAGCUUCCGGGACCACCACAUGCGAAUGGUACCACAAACGGCCAUGGCCCACUUGGCCUACCAGGAUGGACUUCCGCAUAUCCCGUCGAGCUUGGAUUUACAGCCGACGAAGAAGCAAGGGGUCCCAAAGAGCUAUUCUACCUGUUAAAAAAAGAAAUAGAAUGGGCUCAAGAAGAAGGUGGGGCUCUGAAGAAGCAAGCAGAAGUGAUGGAGGAGCUCCGAAAGAAGGAAUGGCAGGAAAAGGAGAUCUUGCUGGAUCAAUCACUUGCCACAGAGGUUGACUGGCAUGAGAGACGAAGAAUGGUCUUGGAGGGUGCUGUGAGCUUGCCAGCUUCGGGGGGAAUCAAUUUGGCGGCUCUUCCGGCUGGAAGCAAUGCUGGGUCACCUCCAGGAAGGAUAGCUCCCUCGUCGCCUAGUCCUAUGAUUCCUUCAAUGGAGAAACCAAGGAAUGCUGCUGAAGUACUGGCUGGCAUGCGCCAGGAUUAG